AUGUGGUUAAGGCAAGAAAUUUUAAUAAUUCUAAUAAUUACUAUUACAAUAACUUGUUGUAAUGGGGCCAAGAAAGCCCCCAAAGUUGUUUACUACAUCUCCUCCAAAGUCGAUUUUAAUCCUCAAUAUUUGCAAGAUCACCAUCUAACAAUCGCAUCCAAUCGUCAAACUGCUAAUAUUGUAUUAAAUGUUGCUAAGAAUUUUGUUAACGAUCCGUGGGCUGGCAUAGUGGUGACAUUUCAAAAUCUUAAAACUAAUGCAAAUCGUGUUCUGUUUCGGUAUGACAUCAAUGUUUGUAGUAUACUCGGCAAACAGGGUUCCCAAAUUAACAAUUUUGUGUCGGGUUGGGUAAACAAUUUUUUGAAAUUUGGUGAUUUACCGAGAAGUUGUCCGGUGAAGAAGGGCAAUUACUCCUGGAACAAUUUGAGAGCCGAUAAGCUAAGUAUACCCAAUUUUAUAACGAAUGGCCACUAUCUUAUUAACAUAGAUACUUAUUUUCGCUAUGGAGGUUCUAAGGAUUCUAUAGCUAAUUUAACAGUACUUGUAGAAUUGAAAUAA